CACGGUUUGUACUUUGUUGGACAACAAUUAUAAUUUCCUGUUAAAAAAUUAAAACAUUGUCACACAUUUUGUCUGACAUUGUAAGUGAUCUUUUUAGAUGUACUAAUUUUACUUGGCCCUACUUACUAUGUAGUGUUUUCUGUCCUUAAAUUCGUUUUUAUCUCGUGUAAAUUACUAGAAUCUUUAAAGAUAUUUUGUUUCGUCGAACUAUCCAAAUGGUUAGCUGUUUUAUAUGUGGAAGAUCUCGAAAUGAAAAGAGUAAAGAAGCUAAAAUCACAUUUCAUAGAUUUCCAAUCAAUGAUACUCUGCGUCAAAAGUGGUACGAAUUUGUCCUUAAUAACUCAUUAAAUCCAGGGAAAAUAAAAAAAUAUAGUUCAGUUUGUUCAACACACUUCCAUCAAAAAGAUAUUAUCAAUUACAAACGCACAACCUAUUUAACCGAAACAGCUGUUCCUAUGAUAUAUAUAUCACGUGUUAAAAACGCCAAACUGAGUUAUCCAGAAUAUUGGUCGAAAAAUUCGCAACCAUCCUUAACUACUCAUAUAUCUGAUGAUCAUGGAGCGUCAAUUAUAAAAUCAGAACCUGAUGAUGAAGACAAUGCUCAACCCAUUAAGAGCGAACCAGUUUUUCAUUCACCUGCUUUUGACGCUGAUACAGUAACUGGAACAGUUAUAAAAUCAGAAUACAUUGAUGAGAACACUGAUGAAUACCAAGAAAGCAUUACUGAUUCUUACCCAUUACUAACUGGGGAUGCGCCUAGUUUACCAUUACAUAACACUGAAAAUAUAAUUAAUGAUCACUCCGCCGAAACAAAAAUAAAAAAUAAAGGCAAAGCGUUUAUUCUUGUUUCGACUAAACCAUCAGUGAAGGAUUCACCAGACUGUUUAUUUUUAAAAAGAUAUAUAGCCAGUUUGAAUACUGACUUAAGAGCUAAAACAACAAAGUUAAAAAAUGCUCAACAAACCAUUAGAAGACAACAUACUAGGAUUACAUCACUGAAAUCUACUAUCGCCGAAUUGAAACAUAUACUAAAAAAUAAAACUGAAUAAAUAUUUUACUUGAUGAAAAAAAAUUAAACUAUAAAGGUUUAUAACAAUAUCAUGAUGAAUAUUUGGUUUUUACAUCUUGAGGAAAGUCCAUACAUUUUUGGAAAAUUCUAAAGAAAUGGAUUUUUGAUACAAUUCUUGAUUUGUGGUAUUGUGGUACAAUAGUCCAGACAAACUCUUUGCUGUGCACACUUACAAAGCAUAAGAUGGCCUCUUAAUAAAAUAUCGGCUAUGAUCAUUUAUUUUAUAAGCAUCGUAAAUUGACGAAUAGGGUAAUACAAAAUAAUACUAAUAUAGUUAAAGCAUUGAGUAUAUGUAUAUUUAUAUAAUUUUGUAUAUUUAAUAAGUAAAGAGCAAAGUAACUAAGGUUGUUAUUGUAAUUGAAUACUUAAUAAUGUAAAUGUAAUUUUUAUAUUAUUUAAAAAAGCACCCAAUUAUCUGAAAUUAU